CGCCUCACUUAUGGGUCGGAAGCGCUGCGUGGGGGAGACUGUUCCAAGAUGGCGGCGGGUUGCUGUGGGGUGAAGAAGCAGAAACUGUCCAGUUCGCCCCCCUCUGGCUCGGGUGGCGGUGGUGGCGCCUCCUCCUCCUCCCACUGCAGCGGAGAGAGCCAGUGUCGAGCUGGGGAGCUGGGACUAGGAGGCGCCGGUACGCGGCUCAACGGGCUGGGAGGUCUAACCGGAGGAGGUAGCGGCAGCGGCUGUACCCUCUCUCCCCCCCAGAGCUGCGGCGGCGGCGGGGGGAUCUCACUGUCGCCACCUCUGAGCUGCGGAGUAGGGACCCUACUUUCUACCCCGGCCGCCGCCACCGCUUCCUCGCCCUCCUCAUCGUCCGCCGCCUCGUCCUCAUCGCCGGGCUCCCGGAAGAUGGUGGUGUCAGCGGAGAUGUGCUGCUUUUGCUUCGAUGUGCUCUACUGUCACCUGUAUGGAUACCAGCAGCCCCGGACCCCCCGAUUCACCAACGAGCCCUACCCACUGUUUGUAACAUGGAAGAUUGGUCGAGACAAAAGAUUGCGUGGAUGCAUAGGUACUUUUUCUGCCAUGAAUUUGCAUUCAGGACUCAGGGAGUACACACUUACCAGUGCCCUUAAAGAUAGCCGUUUUCCCCCAAUGACAAGGGAUGAGCUGCCACGGCUUUUCUGCUCGGUGUCUCUGCUCACUAACUUUGAAGAUGUCUGUGAUUAUUUGGACUGGGAGGUGGGUGUACAUGGCAUUAGAAUAGAAUUCAUCAAUGAAAAAGGAUCAAAACGCACCGCCACCUACCUACCGGAGGUUGCAAAGGAGCAAGGAUGGGACCACAUUCAGACCAUAGACUCCUUACUGAGGAAAGGAGGAUACAAAGCUCCGAUUACUAACGAAUUCAGGAAAACCAUAAAACUGACCAGGUACCGUAGUGAAAAGAUGACCUUGAGUUACGCUGAAUACCUUGCUCAUCGCCAGCAUCAUCACUUCCAAAAUGGCAUUGGGCAUCCCCUUCCACCAUACAACCAUUAUUCCUGACACUGAGCCGCACAGCCAGUCACUGGGCCUCUCUGCAGAGCUCUUCCCAGGAGACCCUGCGCCUUCUUGGUCUAGCUAUCUCUUUUACUGUACCAUUUUAUGAUGAUAGUUUCCGUUGCCAUGGUGAAGCUUCGACAUCGUCAAUUAAGAUCAUCAUGGUAACGGGUAGGAAAGUGGCAUUUGUUAAGAAGAUCCUGUUUUGUUAUUUUAGAUCAUUGAUUUUUUUGCAGCAUAUAUAACUUUUGGGGUUUUCUUUUCUUACAAUAUUAGAUAGAACUUCGCUUUGCUUCCUCAAUCAGGUUUCUGUCCUUCCUGUGUUCUCUGCUUCUUCCUUUCCUUCCUUCCUUCCUUCCUUCCUUCCUUCCUUCCUUCCUUCCUUCCUCCCUCCCUCCCUCCCUCCCUUCCUAUCUUCCUUCCUUCCUUCCUUCUUUCAACUGUGGAUGGAAGAAAUUGUGCAGUUUGUAAGGGUUUUAUUUAGACUUGUCUUUAAUUUUCCUCAAUAAGAUAGUUAUUUCUGAUAGCUGAGUUUGGAAGUAAUUCAUGUCAAAUUCAGGUAUUCAUAUAUUACUGUUGGAUUUGCCUAAAUUUCACUUUGCUAUGAGAGCUUAGUAUUUGAGUCUUCACUAGAAUAUGUUUUUCCCAUGGUUAAAAUAGAAAAAACUUUAGUUCUAAUAGUGAACAUUCACGGGUCCAUGAUAGGGCUUGUCACAAAGACAAACCAUUUCUGCCUACUGUGCUGGUUAUCAUACUUAGGAGAGACUGCCUCAUCACUUUUUAUAGAACCAAUUUACAAAUUAAAACACUGUUUUAAGAAAGUGCAAACUAUCUUUCAAAUAGGCUACAGAAAUCAUUUUGAAGAGCAGCAAAUAUUAGGAAGAGAACAGAUGCAGAAUUUAGUGCCUUUGAGAAGAAUAUAAUUAAGUGGUAUCAAGAGGGGUUAGAAAAAAGGCAAUUUAGAGAAAUAUUCUUGUAAAAUUUUAUUGUUUCUAUAUGUGAAACAACAGAUUAGACAAAUUCCUUACUCUGGAGUAUUUUUUUAGCUGAAAAAAAAUUUAUUUUGAGCAAAUAACCAAAAAGACAUUUGUCUAUUUUGUAUUAAUUUAAAUUUGUUAGCUUUAGGUUUCAAUAAGUCAUAAUUGGCCAGAGACAAUUUUAGCUACCAUCUGAAGAUAUGGUAAAGAUAAUCUAGUGAAAGAAAAGUUCAUAUAUGCCAUUUCACAUAUGGUGUGUCUGUCAUGGAGACAAUACUGAAGAUACUAUAAAAUAGCUUGAAUCUCUUUCUGCACUACAUACUUUUGAUAGAAACACUUUUAAUAUGUUGCUAAGAUGCUAUGUUAUACAUACAAAGAUGGAGUUGGCAUUCAGAUAGGCUGUAGUUAGAGCCUGGCUCAUUUGCAGGGCCAGACUUCCCCUGAUUCAUACAAAGAGAACUUACGGAUGUCAAUAGGAGGUCCAUACAUAUAUCCCCAGGAAAAAUUACACAUGAUUCUGGAGAAAGAUGACCUUCAUUUGAUGGUAGUAUAUAUAGAUAUAUAUAUAAGUAUAUAUAUUGGGGAAAAUAUAUAGUUUUUUCAAACAGGAAAUCAAUAUAUCAAGUGAUGAAUAAAAGUAUGCUGCAGAAUAUAUAUUCUAAAACUAAGAAAUGUCACUGAAUAUCAAAAGGAUAUAGCUUAUACAUGUACUUGCUUGUGACAAGUGACGGACUGCUAGUUCUGAAUUCUAAAAUUCUUUUCUAGUUCGUGAAAAUUGUGUAAUUGGCUGAAUUCCUUCUGCUUGCCACUGGGGCAAAGCACACCGCUUUAGGUUUAAUGAGAGUUCUUAGAAAUUUGUUGGUAUUCCUUCAUCCACAGCAUCCAUUGUUGAAAUAACCAUUUUCAGUUGUGAUGCCUUAAACUCAGAAGCCAAUUGUUAGCCUGAAAUGCAAUCUUGGUAGCCAGUUGUAUAGAACUCAGAGAUUAGUCAGAAAAAGUUAGCUGUUGGGCUGUAGAAAGGGAUUUGGAAUCCUGUCAUUUGUACUUGGAAGCAUUUUGGAGUAGAUUAGUCUUUCAUUAUAAAAACACGUGGCUACCUGAUGGAAACUUUCUUACCCUUAUAGGGAAACUGAGCACAAGUUGAAUGAUAUUGUCUGCUGCAAAAAAAAAAAAAAAAAAAGGUAAAUGAAACAAACUGAAGAGAGACAGAAUAGACCAAUAUUGUUGUGAAAUCCAUCCUUAUCCAUCAUCUCAUCAGUUCAACAGGCUUCUCGUCCUGGGUGGAGCUUAUGGUUAGAAGUUUUUUUAAAGAAAAGAUCUAUUACAUACAUAUAUGUGUGUGUGUAUACAUAUACUGACACAUACAUGCAUACAUAUGUGUGUUUAUGUAUUUAACGGUGCUAAUCAAUCUUGAGCAGGUCACGUGACUGGUCAUGCGGACUCUAAAAUCAUAUCAGAUUUUUUAAAAUCCUUGAUAUAUGCAGAUGUUAUACAGAUUUUCUUACCAGUGUAAUAAUGUUAUACUGAAGAAAUAACCAUCCUGCAGGCUUCAAAGGACGAGGUCAGCAAUAUUUCCCACCAUGGCUUGGGGGAAAAGGAUAGUUUUGUCUCCUUUUGUAUUCAAGUUGAUGAACAGUGCAUUUUUGUCUCCUAAGUAGGUGUUGACUAAAAGAUUUUGUAGUAUAAAGGGUGUUAUACAAACUUUAAUGGUGUGCUUCGAAGAAACAAACGCUAGACCCUUUCACCUUUGUCGUUAAUAUUACCAAGCUGUUAAAUAUGUGGUUUGAAUUAACUUUGAACUUGUCGAAAUAUGUAGCAUGUGUUUAACUCAGACGAAGAUUCUAAUUGCACAGGUUGUGUUCUAGCCAGUUGUGGUUUAUUUGUUCAGAAACACAAAUGUGAACUGCACUCUUAUCACCAGAAUAUUGUACAAGUUCAGUGAUCUUUAAACAGCUCUGAAGUAAUACUUGAACUUCAUUUGAGUAGCACAAAGUUUACAUAGCCCCUUUUAAAUGUUAAUUAGUUCAAUUUCAGUUUUCUGUUUUCAAACACAUGGGGGGGUUCCUCUUGGAAAAACAGUAUGUAUUUUACUUUGGUAUGUAGCAAAAGGCUUCCAUUUCUGGAAGGGUUUUCUUGUUCUUAAACAGGGUCAGCCAGGUACCAGAUUCGUAAAGAACACUUGUCCCCCCACCCCUCAAGUGGCCUUCUGACUGCACAAGAACGUGCUACUCCCCUCUCUAGGCGCCCCUACUGUGAGAGGUCGGUGAAGUUGAUGGAGGAAGUGCAAGGCUUGCUCUCUGUCCCCCACCCCACUUUGAAGCAGUUUUACGAUUUUCGGUCCAGUGCAUACAGUCCCAAUGCCCGGCACACCGGAAGUUUGUAUACUGGCCUCUUUUCUUGUCUUGUGCAGGAAAUUUGAAACUGUCAUCUGGAAUAGGUUCCAUCUCUUAUGUGUGUUAGAUCAAACCAAAGAAGCCCCCAGCCAUGCCCAAAUGCUGCUCCAAAAGCCUGCCUUCCAGUCCUUACAAAAACCUUGCAGGAUUAAAUGUGUUAACUUUUUUAUUUUUGUACAGUUUCUAAGUGAUUUUUGCUAGUGAUGUUAAACUGAAUUAAGUUUAUUUGAGGGGUGUGAGCACCUCCUCCAUUUAAAUAAACUGGUGACUUUCCUUUUAUUUUUUAAAAGCAGAAACCCUUUGUGUGCCUCUCAAUUUUAAGGGUUUCUGAUUACAUUAUUCUUAAGACCAGCAUUGAUCCUUUAUAUACAAAGAUAUGUUUUCCUUGUUUUUUUAUUACUGUUUCAGAAGAAAAUGAACCUUUUAUUUUGCUCUGGACCCAGUAACUGCGCUGGUACAUAGACGCACUGAGAAAAUAAACUUUUGUAACCACCUCUGACUGCUUUUGUAUAUCAAAGUUGAUUACUUUUGAAAUAUUUGGAUCUAGUUUCUAAGUUAUUUUAGUGUUUUAUAUGUUCCCCCAAAUUACUUUGAAUCGGUCACCAGCAUAAAGAGUUCUUGGUGAUGCAAUGGUGAGACUUGUAAUGAGCAAAAAGCUACCUGGAGUAGCUCUUCUUUUCCUUCUUUCUUAGUAACCUGUUUUUGGAUUACAGUAAGACAUCACAGAUUACCUGAAACCCCUUCCAGUAUAACUAGGUCCUCCUUCCUUCCACAUUUAAUUGCUUAAUAGUUUGAAGAAACUAUUGGAAAUGGGCAUUUUAUAUGACAAGUAUGGCUUUAAAAUAUCAAAAAUGAGCAAAAGGAAAAAAUACAAGAAGGUUUACGUGGGUCUGUAAGGUAUGGCUGUGGAAAGAUAUUGUAGUAAUUUUGACACUAUUGUUAUUACCUUUAAAAUCAUUUACCCAAUAAAAUGUU